AUGCGUGUGGUGACAUCUCUUGCUUUAAUAGUUGUCGGAGUUGCCAGCCUCGCCUGCUGUGACUCCAAAUUCAUCCAACCUCCAGAAUCGAGCUCCAAGCAGCCUUCAGAUACCGAUAUGACCAAAAACAAACGUUAUGAGCAAGGUGCCAAGAUCCAGAUCAAAUACGAAACAGACAUCGACCAAAUUGCCAUCGAAAUCUAUCAAAUUCCUCUGAACGGGGUCAGCGCCUACAGAUCAUUAGCUAGAAAUGGAUCGGAAAAUCCAACUUACUGGCUGGCUGAGUACGACUUUCUCGGAUUAGCAGAGGGUAAUGAGGAUUCUGUUUACUGGUUUACACUUUUUAAGUCCAGUCAAGGCCAAGUCGCUCGAUCGGACUACUUUAAUGUCAGUUCACCCCAGGCUGAUGAGACUACGUCUGCCAGGUCCGAACUAUCUCAAGGAGCAACGGCAGGUGUAGCCGCUGGCGCCAUCAUUGGUGGUCUUUUGAUUCUCGGUGGUAUCGGAUUGCUUGUCUGGCGGCGAUUUGGGAAUGGCAGAAAGAACAUCAAGGGAACAGAGGAGGCUCAGGAUCAACAGCAUCAGUUCUAUCCCUUGGAAACCAAGGUUGAACUUCCGAGUGACAUUACCACUCAUCCCUCAGAAUAUGCAACGAGCCGUCCGGGAUUACACGAGGCACCUUAA